UGUUAUGUCGACUCUCGAUUUUGAGCGCAAUUUUUGAAUGAACGUGAUUGUGAUUGUUUUCAAAUGUUAAUUAAUUUACAAUUUUGUGUUCUGUUUCCAAUCUCGUGAUGCCCGUCCUGCAAAGUGAAACGGCGAAAAUUCGUCAAUUCCUGAAAAGCCGCCUCCAAACUGACGUGACGAGCUUUCGCGGCUAUGAGUCCGAGUGGCAAAACAUCCGAGAUUUGCUGUUCCGAACGGCGGAGCAUGGCGAGUCCAACUCGGCUCUGCUGCUGGGAACGCGAGGCUCUGGGAAGACAACGCUGAUAACAUCGGUGCUGGCUGAUUUGCUCCCGGAGGCCAACUUCUACCGAAACACCGUAAUUGUGUACCUGAACGGGUUGCUCCACACGGACGACCGCCUGGCUCUGAAGUCGGCCACGGCCCAGAUGAACCUGGAGAAUGCCGUGGAUGGGAAGGUGUUUGGCUCGUUUGCGGAGAAUCUUGCCUUUUUGCUGGAAUGUCUCAAAGCAGGAGAUAAGAAAAAGUCCAAAAGUGUGGUCUUUAUUCUGGAAGAAUUCGACCUUUUCUGCUCACAUCACAAUCAAACCUUGCUUUACAAUUUGUUCGAUGUGGCCCAAUCCGCCCAGGCUCCGAUUUGUGUUCUGGGAAUCACUGCUCGAUUGGAUGUGAUUGAAUUGCUGGAAAAACGAGUCAAAUCUCGCUUUUCUCAUCGUCAAAUAUUUUUGCUGCCGAAAGAAAACGACUUCGAAGGAAGAGUCGAAUUGUUCAAAAUUCUUCUCAAGCUGCCCACAGAUAAGGAAAUGAAGGAAUACAACAAAACUUUUAAACCAAUACCGGAGGACGCUCUCCAAAAUCAAGAAUUGCCACUUCUGCGUCGUGUUUUUGACCCAAGAAGCUUCAGUUUCAGCACCAAAACCAUUUCCCAAUGGAACAAGCACAUCGACGCCCUUGCAUCAAACCCUAAAGUGAUCUCCGUCCUGCAGAACAUGUACGACUACGAAGUGAUUGAAGCAACGUUCAAAACAUUCCUCUUCGAGCUCGUUUGCCAACUGCACGACGACAAUCCACUGCUCACCGUUGAGGAAGUCCAAGCCCAAGGGCAGCAGUUCGAAGGUGACGACAAAAUCCACAUCCUGUGCGGUCUUUCCGUUCUCGAGCUCUGCUUGGUAAUCGCCAUGAAGCACCACUCCGAGAUCUACGACCGGGAUCCGUUCAACUUUGAGAUGAUUCUCACGCGGUACAACAAAUUUGCCAACGCCAGCACCACCAUGCAGGGCAUCGAGCGGAGUGUGGUGCUGAAGGCGUACGAACACGUCAAGAAUCUGGAGCUGAUCGCACCCAUCAGCAACGCGUCGACGUCGAAGGUGCAGAAGGAGUACCAGCUGCAUCGGUUGCUGCUUACGUACGGUCAGAUCGGACAGGCCGUCGUCAAGUCGCAGAAUCUGCCCACCGAGGUGUGUCAGUGGGCGCAGAGUUCGCUCAUUUGAGGUCGGUUUUGUUUUCCUUUAUUUGUGUUUUUCGUUUUCCUACAAUAAAAUCUUAUCUAUAAAGAACA